CGGGGCUCUGUGCAAACAUGUUAAUUUGUUUUCUUUCUUGCCUCGCCUUUCAGGGUAAUUGGUUGCAUUUGAAGCCUUUGUGAAAGCCUUUGAUUAUAGUAAUUUCAGCAGCGCGAUCUACCCUGGAUUCCUUCGUCAGAUUCUUUCACAGCUCCGGCUCUUGGGGCUGUAAUUGCGGAGCGGAGCGCGCCCGGCUGCCGAGUGUGGGGCAGCUGGACCAUGGGGCACAUGGCCAUGGGGGCACAGGGAUGUCACUGCAGGGGACAAUCAAACCCCUGGGGUGAGGCGAGCGAGCCAGGAUGGGACAGGAGCUGCCAUGGGGAGCUUUGCUCUCUGCACUGCUGUUGGGUCUCUCUGGAGAUGUGGGUGCUGCCAGUGCCCAUGGUGUGGUUGCCCGUGCUGGAGCUGGCUGCUGGCUUGUUGGGGUCCAGAGUGCUUUUAGUUGCUGCUGCAUGGAGCCACUUGGCUUUUCUGCUGGUUGAUCCCAGGUCUAAGCUAGAGCUGGGACUAAAGCCCAUGAGCAUCCCAAGAUCCAUGAGGGGCAGCUCCCCAGUCUGAGUGCAGGAGGAAGGCACGGCACGACUGUGCCACAUCAGUGAGGUUUUGCUCUGAGGAGCUGGUGCCACAUCCAAGAGGCCACGUCUGUGCCUGUCUGGCAGGACCUGGCAGAUCCUGCCCGCCCGCUGCGCGCUGGCCCUGCCGGGACCUCGCUGCGCACAGCCAGGGCUGAGCCCUGCCAAAAGCACCGACGGCACCCGAGCGGGGCCCUGACCUUUGCUAGCAGGGCUGCUCACCCCCCUUGCUCCUGGCAUUUUGUUCCCAGUCCCACGUAAUGACCUUCUCGGCAGCGCCGUGCCAGCGUCUGCCACUUCCAAUUACCCACGGCUGCUCGGCGCCCGCCGCAGCACGCGGGGCUCCUUCCUCCCCGGCAGGAUGGCAGCAGGGUGGAGGAUGCUGCGCCCUGAUCCCGGCUUGGAGAGCCUCAGGAAGCCCCCCAAAAGCACCCAGGGCUCUGGGGUCCUGCCCCCGGGGUGCUGGAGGCGCUUGGCUUUCCAGAAUCAUUAUUAACCUGUUCGAGAGCCGUUCCCGCUCGCAGCGAAAAUAGAUCUUUAAUCUCUGCCCAAAAUAGCUCAUUUGAUGAGAGGCCUCCUUAAAGCUGACACAUAAAUUUAACCAGGCCGCCCGAGCCCUGCGCAGGGACGUCUGCAAAUGCUCAACAGCACUUGAAUUGUUGGGGGUUUUUUUAAAUUCCGUCGUUGCGGACACAUCUGAUACCCUGUUUCUUCCUUAGGGUCUUUGGAAGUGCUCAGGUGGUCAUUUGCCGUGCCCUGUCCCAGUUUCUUUCACCUUGCUUGUGAGCACAAGGUUAUUUUGGGGUAUUUUUUGAUGUUGACUCUCUUGAACAGUCCAAGGGGUUUCUCCUUGGAGCUGCCACAAGAGCAGAAACCUCAUUUCUGGAUGGGAUGGGAGCGACAUGAGAUGCUGCUGUAGGAUGCCAGCAGUGAGGGUCCUGGUCCAGUGCCACUGUCCCUGGCACUGUGCCACGGCUGGUGGGCUCUGUGCCAUCCUGGUGUGACAGCAGCCCAAAAAAGUGGGAAAUGAGGAUGCUCAGGGUGUCACAGCUCUGCUCAGCCCUGGGUUCAGGGCUCGCCCCAGCACCUUCCCAGCAUUUCCACAGAAAAUGGGCAGGGAGAAGCCACUUGGCUGCUCUGGGUCUCCCCCCCAGCCCCCCACAGUCCCCACAUCCCAGCGAGCCCCUGAGCAGCACAAUAAUCACUUCCAGCAUCAUUAUCCAUCGCAAACCCCAGCUUCCAAUUUUAAUCAGAGGAGCUGGUGUUGCUUUAAGAUCUGCGGGUUUUAAAGAUCACAAGAGGGGUUAGAGAAAAUUACCCUUGACUCUUACAUGCUAAUGUAAUCUCUAACCAGAUCUGCAGCACUGCAGCUAAAAUUGCUUUUUAGAUUAACAUUUAAUUAUUAACAGGGCCCCCUGAAAGGCCCGGGGCUGGAGCACGCGGAGGGGAGCGGAUUAGCCGGGCGGGAUGAGGGAAGGUUGGGCCAGGGAAGGUCAUGGGGUGACCUUCGGUGACAAACUUUGGGUUUUAUUUUACCUGCUGCUCCCCGUGGUUCACAGUGGGGUGACCUUUCUGUGCUCACCCCUUGUAGGGCUGAGCUGUGGUGUUGCUGCAUCCCCUCCACCCUAAAUCUGGAUGGGAGAUGGAUAUGGCAGUGCCAGGCAGCAGCACCAGCCAAAAUCCUGCUCAAUGUGCAAUGGGGUGGGCAUCCACAGUGUGCAGAGGGGAAUCCUUCCUCCUCUGGCACCUCCUCACCCUCACCAAUGGGAUGGGAAAUCUCAUCAUGUGGGACCAGUGGUGGUGGCGGUGGCAGAGGAUGGUGACAAGGAGCUCGGCGUCCCCGGGGCUGUUUGUGUGGUUGGAUUCUCCUCCAUCCAUGUCCGGACGAGGAACAGGGGUGUUCCCAGUUGUGCUCUGCGCACCAGGGGCCAGUGAGGGCUUUUGCUUUGUUUCUCUGGUUGCUGCCAGCUUUGGCCUUGCCCUGUGCUGUCCGUGUGUCCGUCUGGCACUGUCAGGAGCCUCCUGAGCCUCUCCCAGCUGGGCUCACCGCUCACCUCCUGUCCUUGUCCUGGCUUUUGAUGGCCAGGGGGUCAUGGCCAUGGUGUGGCUCAAACAGCUUUGCAGCAUCCCUGGUCCUGCCCCCCUUUCCUCCCCCAACCCCAAAAGCUCCCUUUUGAUGGGAUUGCACCCCGAUAACACCCGGGGAAGGAUCUGGAUGUGUUCCACCACAGCCUGGAUGGUGACCAAGACCUUGUCCCUCACCAGCCCUGCCCUGCCACAGCUCAGCAGCCACACAGACCCACUUCGGGCUGAGACUUUAAAAGUUCCUUUUUUCUUUUCUGCCCCCCUCCCGUCACAUUUUCUUUUAUCUAAAUCCUCGCCUGCAAAAGCCUCUAUCGACAGCUGCGCUGGCCUUAUCUCGCGGGAGGGACCUUCGCAGGGCUCUCGGAGGAGAUAAGCCCGACUUAUCAGCUGCUGAUGUCAGAGGAGGUGCCAAACCCUCCCAUCACUGGGGCUUUAGACAUAGAGGGUGGUGUUUUUUAUUAAAGUCACAAAGACCUUGGGCUUAUAAAUAGUGUGAUGUCGAGAUGGAUUAGCUGGGUGUGGGGCAGGAUGGAGUGGUGGGAGAGGCGAAGGGUGGAGCUGUGGCUGCCCCAUCCCUGAAAGUGUCCAAGGUCAGGUUGGACAGGGCUUGGAGCAACCUGCGAUAGUGGAAGACAUCUCUGUGCAUGGCGGGGAGUGAGACAGAAUGGGCUUUAAUGUCCCUUCCAGCCCAAAGAAUUUGGUGGUUCUAUAAUGACAGAGUUGUGGGAUGUGGGGCUGGGGCUUCUGGGGGACCUUGCUGCAGAUGUCCCCAAGAUGACCCCACUGUUGGUGGGCCUCACCCUGUGCCCCAGUGCUGGGUGACGGCGGGUCCACGUGCCCAGCCUGGGCAGGGGCCGUGCGGACUGGGGGGCGUUCCAGCAAAACUGCUGAGUGUUGCCUUCCCUGCCACGAAAGAGCCAGAGCAGCUUGAACUAAAUCGGAUCCUGCUGAUUGGAAUUAGUUCAAAUGCAGAUGGAGCUAACUAAGCCGGCGCUAAGCGUUGGACAGCCCAGCGCCCAAUUCCCAUCAGCUGAUUCAGGGGCUUUUCGCAGCCGCAUUAGCGAAAUGCCACCGUGGCACAGAUGCCCAUUGUGCCAGGCGCCCACCCGCUCGCCCACGGCCCUUCUGGGCCUUGGGGCUCCCUGCAGGGUGCUGGGAUGGACAGAUGGACGCUGUUCUGGGGUUGUGGCCUGUGAAGGUGGGGUGAGGCUCAGCGUAGCUGUCGGAAAAAUCAUCUGGGCUGCGAGACGAUUCAGCAGGGUCUGAAUUAAUCUGUGCCUUUAUUCAGUUUGGCAUGUGGCUGUGAUAAUCCAAGCCCAGGGUCGGGAUGGCUCCAGGAGGAAGCUGGGCUGUGCGUGGCAAGGAGCAGAGAGGAGUAUGGGGACAAGCUGUGCCAGCGUAGGGCUCUGCUGGGCCCUCAGCUCCUGUGACAGGCGGCAUCCACACCCACCCUGUGCCACCACAUGGGUUGGAUGCUUUCUCAGCCCCACAUGCCCCAGGGACCAGCAGGGAACUGAUCCACGAGCCGCCCACGCCGCCCGUGUCUGCCAGGGACACGGGUCAGUGUCCCCAUGAGGAGCUGCUGGGCACAGGGAGCGGGUGACGUCCGCCACUAAUCGGCCAGAUGGUGACACCCGGCGGGACGCCAGCCCUGAGGUCACCACGGAGCUCAGGCUCAGGUACAGCAGGAGCCGGUGCCAUCAUCCAUCUCCUGCAUGGCUGUGGGUGCUUUGAUCAGAGCCACCCUUCGGGGACAGGGAUGAGGUGAGGGUGGCAGCUCCCGUCAUGGAAAAUCCAGAAUGCCAGCCCUGAGGUCACCACGGAGCUCAGGCUCAAGUACAGCAGGAGCUGGUGCCAUCAUCCAUCUCCAGCACGGUGCUUUGAUCAGGGCCACCCUUUGGGGACAGGGAUGAGGUGAGGGUGGCAGCUCCCAUCAUGGCAAAUCCGGGUGCUGGGCACAUUCCCAGGGAGCCAGGGCUGCGUAAUGAGCCCCGAGUCCCGGCGGGGAGAGGAGAACUCCUGGCAGUCAAGUGCGUUCAGGCUCUGAAUAAGAAGCACUUCAUUCUCCUUUCAAAUUGUAUAAUUUCUGCCUGAUUGUAAUGGCAUAUUUUAAAAUUACCAGAAAUCGAAGCCAGAAAAUGGAUACGGCUGCUUUUACUGCGAGCUGCGUUAACAAAGGAUAUGUAAUGCAUGAAAUAAAAACACCUCCCUGCCCCCCUCCUUUUUUUUUUUUAAGACAGUAAUAGGAGAAAAUUGGUUUUGAAACUGAAUAAAAGUCCCUUUCAGAGGAAAUCAUUUCUUUCAGGGUACCUUUGCUGAAAGUAAAAUAGUGAAUAAUGAAAGGUGGUUACAUGAUUGUCUUUCAUUUAGAGAGCGCGAGGACAGAUGGAAUCUGGGAGAAAUGCACGAUUGGAAUAAUUGCAUGGUAACAAGGCGCUUGUUGUGAAAUUAGUAUCUUAAGAAAGUAGUGAAAAAGGCUUUUACUCAUGAAUACUUCAUUAUUAGGAGAAAACAGCACAAUUUGGGUUCUCCAGACACCUGCUCGGUAUUAGAUGACUUCCUCCCCUCCUCCUCCUCCUCCUCCUCCUCCUCCUCUUCCUCACACCUUUUCCUGACGAGUCUCUCCUUGUCCCUGGUUUGCUGGGGAGUCAGGGUGAGACCCCGAGCCUGAUGAGCCCAGCUGAGGCAUGGACACCCUGCAUGGAUCCCAUCCUGGAGAUUAUCCCAGAGCCUGGCGGAGGGCACAGAGCAGGAGUGAGCAGCACAGGUCCCAUGGUGGCAGUGAAGGUGUUUUAAAGGGUGACAUUUAAACCAGCAGAGCUUGGAGAGCCCCGGGCACAGCUCAGGGAGCAUCAAUCCAUGCUUUGUUUCCUGGUGCUGAUGGUCACGGGCUCUGCCAGAGGCCACCACGUGCCUGAGGCCACCGCGUCAUUCCCCUGCACUGGGACAUGUGGGAAUCAUCCUGGAUGGCUGCAGGAGAGCACGAUUCCCCCAUGAGGGAGAAGAUGGAGUGAUGGACCCAGCAGAGACACCAUCCACGAUGUCCACCUGUGACCCCCAGCCAUCCAUAACGUUCAGCCAGAGAGCAACAGCGCAGGAGCUGCAACGCUGGCGGAUGGGCUCCAUGCCCGCUUUGCUGCUGCUCCUGCCCACAUCUCCCUGCCCUCUCCGAGUGGGAAUAUCAUCCCUGUGCCAGCUGGAGCAAUGGGAGGGCGUCAGCAGCAACUGGUUGUACCUCAGGGCCCCGGUGGCGGCGGCUGGGGACGGACGUACAAUGAGCAGCACCGUGGUGACGGCAGCUUUGGCCUGGCCCCUCCAGCUUUUGUCACACAGAUUUUGAUGCCAGCUGGGAGCAACAUCCCAGGACCCCGAGCGGGAUGUUAGCACUGUCUUUCCCCAGCCUUGACUGGGGUCACUCCGUGCCAGGAGGCGCCGGCUGGCACGCCUGGCACCGCCACGACGCCUGGCACCUCCACAUUCCCGUUGGGAAGGGCGGGAAGCUCCGCAGGAAGCACAAGCCACCCGCCGAGACCUUCAUCUUUAUUUUAUAUACAUCCCUACUCACUCCAGGCUUUCAGAGCUGGCUGUUUAUCUCCAGAGCAGCGAAGGCGCCGAGUGCUGGGGAGCUGCACGGGGGUGGUGGUGGCACGGGGGUGGUGGUGGCAGGGGGUGGUGGCACGGGGGUGGUGGCAGGUCCCUGGCUCACCGUGUGUCUCCUCUCUUGCAGGGCGUGGGGCGGCAACGCCCGCAGGGAAGCCCAGACCAUGCUGGCCUGCCUGCAGAGGACCCAGAACCCCCCAGCCCAGCACCUCCCCUGCCCCAACAAGGCGCUGGAGCCACGCAAGUGCGAGACGGCCCCCAUGCAUUCCCCGCGCUACCCCAGCCCCGCCGAGCUGGACGCCUACGCACAGAAGGUGGCCAACAGCCCGCUGACCAUCAAGAUCUUCCCCACCAACAUCAGGGUCCCCCAGCACAAGCACCUUAACCGGACGGUGAACGGCUACGACACCACGGGGCAGAGGUACAGCCCCUACCCGCUGCACGCCGGCGGCUACCAGGGGCUGCUGGCCAUCGUCAAAGCCUCCGGCAAAAGCGUGGUGAAGAACUCGGAGGGGAAGCGGACUAAGCUCUCGCCCGCCCAGGUGGGCGUCGCUCCCUACCCCGCCUCAAGCACUUUAGCUCAAGGUCCCUCCUGCGCCGGGCAGCUGAGCUACCACGGCGGCCAGAAGCAGCUGGAGGGUCCCGUGCCCCCCAACGUGACGGUGGCGGCCUCGGUGCUGCCGCUGGCGGGCAGGAGCCUGGCGCUGCCGCCCUCCAACCUGCCCUCCAUCCAGAGCAUCAUCUACCAGAUCAAUCAGCAGUGCCAGGCGCAGGGUGCCCAGCCCGGCUGCCCGGCCGUCGUGGCCGCCCACCCCAGCCCUGCCAAGCACGGCGCCUUCGCCCCCGGCUACGGCGGCACCGUGCUGCCCGAGUGCCGCAAGGGCGCCGAGCUGGCGCUGGGCUCCAACCCGGCCGCCGCCCUGGGACCCAAGGCGGGCGUGUACCCCGAGGGCAUGGACUACCUGGUGUGGCAGCAGAAGCAGCAGCAGCAGCAGCACCUGCGAAUGUACAGCGGGGGCAGCGGCGGCGGCGGGGCGCUCAGCAAAUCCCCCGAGACGUGCGCGGGCGCCUCGCGGCCCUACGGGCUGGGCGGCGCCGCCGACAAGGUGAGCUCGUCCCCCUUGAACUGCAUGCACGGCAACUUCGCGGUGGGGCAGUACUUCGCUCCCCCCUGGAACAGCAUCCUGGUGACCCCCAACAGCGACUGUUACAACCCGCCGGAGCUGGGGGCCGCGCCCCGCGAGCUGGGGGUGCCCCCGGGCGAGGGGCUGCCCAGCAAGACCCUCUGCAAUACCUCCAUCCUCAGCAGCAGCCUUCAGUCCCUGGAGUAUCUCAUCAACGACAUCCACCCGCCCUGCAUCAAGGAGCAGAUGCUGGGCAAGGGCUACGAGACCGUGUCUGUGCCAAGGCUCUUGGACCACCAGCACGCCCACAUCCGCCUGCCCGUCUACAGAUAAGGGACGGAUGCUGCUCUUCCCAAACCCAGGGCGAGGACUUUGGCGCGAGCUGCGGGUGCCGGACCGCGGCGGCGAGGGCGGGGGGACAGGGAGGGGGACGCGGGGCUGGCUGCUGGAAGGGCUCCCGGGACACUGGCGUUGCACCGGGGUCCCCAGACUGGACACGCCCGCGACCCGCUGGAAGCCGAAGGACCGCUUGUCUAUAUAGCUCAGAAAUCAUUUUAUCUCCACGAAUGUGAACAGGGAAUUGCUACGAGUUGCUGCUAUCCAGGGAGGGGAGGCUCUGCUGCUGUGCUGGCGGUGCCCAGAGCGGGGCAGAGCCCGGGAGGCUCCAGGGUGGGUCCCAGCCCAGUGUGGGGCUGGGAGGCUCCGUGGUGGCCGGUGCUGGCCUGGCAGCUGUCCAGGAGGCUCCACAGUGGCCUGUCCUGGCACAGGAGGCUCCGUGGUGGCCGGUGCCAGCCUAGAGGUGGCCAGUCCCAGCCCGGCGUGUGGCCGCAGGGAGCUGGCGCCUGACCUGUAGCUGAAGUCCGUAACUUGCACUGCUUUGAUUAAAGCUAAUAACUGGGGACAGUCUGGAGGCUAUUUAAGAAAAACACUUGAAAACUUGAACAGAUUUUUUUGAUUUUUUUUUUUAAUUUUGAUUUUUUUUUUUUUUUUUUUUAGUUGACUAGGCUGUACAUCUUCGUGUUGGCUGCUACAGAGUCUCCUCCCACCCUUCUUCCUCCUCAUCCUCCUCCUCUCACCCGGCCCCACAGUGGCCACGGCUCCUAUUCCCACUCAACCAGGAGGUUGGGGACCCCCUCAGCCCCUCUCUCCUGGGAACCCCUGGCUCUCACACUUCCAGGCUGUUUUAUUUCCCCCCUUACUGUCAGUUCUACCUUGGUUCCUUGGUUCUGGGUUGCGGUACUGGGGCGCUCACAUACCUCCUUUUUUUUCUCUUUCUUUUUUUUUUUUUUUUUU